AUGCCACCUAUCCCUGGAAAACCUCUUAUCCUGUAUUUAACGGUGCAUGAAAAAUCAAUGGGAUGUGUUUUGGGGCAACAUGAUGAAACAAGAAGGAAAGAACAAGCCAUUUAUUACCUGAGCAAAAAGUUUACUGAUUAUGAUUCAAAGUAUUCACCGUUGGAAAAGAUGUGUUGUGCAUUAGCUUGGACAGCUCGUCGGCUUAGACAAUACAUGUUGUAUCAUAUUACUUGGCUCAUUGCAAACUUAGACCCAAUUAAGUACUUUUUUGAAAAACCUUCAUUGUCAGGAAGAAUAGCAAGAUGGCAAGUGUUACUUUUUGAAUAUGACAUUGUUUAUGUGUCCCAAAAGGCAAUCAAAGGAAGUGCUAUUGCUGAAUUUCUUAUAGAACGCGCUCAUGAAGAUUAUGUGCUUGUGACAUUUGAUUUUCCAUAUGAAAACUUAAUGUCUAUACUGCACAUAGAUAAAGAAGAGCAUAAUGAAGAUAUAUGGAAGAUGUAUUUUGAUGGUGCAUCAAAUGCUUUGGGGCAUGGUAUUAAAGUAGUUUUCAUAUCUCCAAAAAGAGAUUACUACCCAAUCACUGCGAAACUAAAUUUUGAUUGCACCAAUAAUGUGGUAGAAUAUGAAGUAUGUGUUCUAGGUCUUCAAACUGCUCUUGAAAGAAAGGCCUAUGCUUUAAAAGUUUAUGGAGACUCUACCUUACUCAUAUAUCAAUUGCGAGGGGAAUGGAAAACUAGAGACUCAAAAUUAACUUUAUACCAAAAGUACAUAUCAUAA